AUGGCGCCUAACCUCGACUAUGGCCUGGCCACUAUUACGUUCCCUCUUGUUGACACAUCUCGGUCAUCUCAGGGCCGCUCAUACUUUUCUUUUGAGCCUCGAUCUUCCGAUGGACCACUGCCUGACGCUGCAUCUCCUACCCAACUUCAAGUUGAUCGGAGUCUAGUCGGUGGCUUCAAUGACACCACGUUCUACAACGGCUUUAUUGGUGUUGGAGGGCUCGACGGCAGCUUCAACAAUCGUCCCAUUAGUCCACUCAUUCGGCAACUCGCAGAGUCUAUGGGUACAAUUCCUAGCCACAGCUACGGCUACACAGCGGGCGCAUCAUACCGAGGCGAGCAUGGCGUGCCGGCAUCGCUGACACUGGGCGGCUAUGACAUGAGCCGUAUUGCGUUUGACCGCUCGUCCAAAGACAAUACCAAACCGAUCACAUUCAACCUCAACCCUGUUCAUUACCAGCCGGAGCUCGUUUUGCGCAGCAUCAUGGCCCAUGCACCGCCGUUCAAUGCGUCGGUUGCCGCCGCGUCAUGGGCGCGGAUUGUCCCGGACAACAGUUCAACUGCCCUUCUUACAAAUGUGACCGACCCGGCUUCGUCGCUGGCCGUCGUCGACUCCACGACGCCGUUCUUGUGGAUGCCACAAGAUGCCUGUAGUCGCUUUGCCUCCACAAUUGGUCUCGUCUGGAAUAAGGAGCUAUUGCUAUACCAAUUCGCUAGUCCGGCAUUGUAUAACGACUACCUCUCUGGACAGGGUGUUUCAUUAACGUUCAACGUGUCUGGUAGAGGCAACACUGGAGCAGAUGACAUUGUUUCCCUCACCGUGUCAUCGGCGGCGUUUGCUCUCAAUGCGUCAUACCCGUACGCGCCGACCAUGAAGCCGUCUGACCCGCCGGUUCCUUACUUUCCGUUACAGUGUCUACCACUGAACGGUAACACCACCGUGAACACGCGUAUUGUUCUCGGUCGCGCUGUGUUGCAGGAGGUCUACAUGAUUGUGAACUACGACGCAAGCCACUUCAGCUUGCACCAGGCCAGGUUCCCCAACUUUAACGGGAGUAAGCCGGAAGGCUAUGUUCGCCUAAUCGACAUCCCUCGCUCGCCGACAAGCCCCUAUCCGCUCUACAAGGGUGGGCCCGAGAGCACCAACAAUCUCGACAGCAGAAAUGGGUUGACCCCAGCAGCCACCGCCGGCGUAGUAGUUGGAUCGUUUGCCGCGGGUACCAUGCUUGCACUGGGACUUUGGCUUUAUCGACGUCGGCGCCAACAAGAGAAGCGGAGGAGGGUUGCCGGUACAGCAGUAGCGGCCGGAUCUGGCGAUGAUAAUGGCAACGGCCGCACAUCGGGUGGUCGAGGCAAAGACGGCACCGAGUCGACGACAGAAACAGAGCCAUCAACACCAGUCAGCGGCUCCCCCAUGGAACGUAUCUUUUCAUUUAUUGGACGCGGCCGGUGGGCAUCCAAACGGACACGUGAAGCGCUUGCUGCUGACAGGGUGGCGUCUGCCUCGCCUACGUCCAGCAGGGGUUCCGAAGGCGACCCGGAAAAGGAUGCUAUUGAGGUUGCCGGCAGCUUUUCACAUCCGGUCGAGGUCGGUGCCGAUGCACAGCACGCCCGUUAUGAGCUGCCUGUGCCACUUCCACCUGUCGAACUAGAUGCGACGGCCGGUGGUAUCACAUCAAGUGGCCGCAACGGCGCAGCCAACCGAAACCACAAGAUUGAUGAUGCGCUGAUUGGCGGCGGUGUAAUUGACGAUUUUGACGACGGCCAUGGAUACUGCGACUAUGACGAUGCCACAGCCGUUCUUGGAAGCGAUGGUGUGCAACAUUUGACGGCUUAUGAGGUGGCGCGGCGGCGCAUGCAGCGGCAGUUGCGGGGACCUGUGCCGACGUAUGAGCCACCCGCUGACCCAGCAAUUUUGAGGAAUAUGGCAAACGAUGGUGAAGACGAAAAGACGGAGGGAGAUGGUAGCUCAGUGGCUCACAACCGGGCACCCCACUUAAUGACUACACGCGCGCCACCACGGUCCGUUUCGGCGGUCUCUUCACGGACAGGUUCCGACAACACUACCGUCACAUCGCCUACGGCAAUGUCGACAUCGACAGGGAGCAACCAUAGCGGUUCGUUGUCCAUGCUGCCAUCACCAAUGACACCGAGCAGUGGAGGCUGGCCCGGCCGAAGCAUCAAUGUGAGCGGGACCAGGAGUGCGAGCGGGAACAGCAACGGCAAUGGCACCUUUGACCUACCGUCGCCCAUGACAAUGGCCGCACCGUUCCCGUCCAUGUUCUUCCUGGGCGAUGGAAGCGUGAGCGAUGACGAGCCCCCAGAAAAUGUACCGGCACAACGUCUAGCCCCAAGGACGACCAUUGACCCAGCACGUGUCGUUUGUUUGGGGCCGCUGCCGGAAGACGUGUUAGCACCAGUCGCGGCACGAACAUCACAGCCUGUACGGCCGGCUCCGACGUCGAUGUCACCUCCACAGAAUAACUUGUCAUCUUCAUCCGAGUCUCCGUUGGCAUCGGCGUCGGCAUCAGCAUCGGUCUCGUCUCCGACCAUGACAGAUAUUGAAAGCACACUCGGGACGAACUACACAUUGGAAGAAGAGAAGCGUCUCCGCGCAUUGAAGAGCGAAAUUGAAGAAGGAAAAGUGGCGGCCGUGGCGGCAGUCGAGGCAGAAACAACAGCAGCAACAGGUACCAUAGACAGCGUGGGCACACCACCGGCGGAACGCAUUGACGCUGGUUUUGAUUUGGUGCAUGUUCCACAGCUCGCGGCACGACGGUACAGUUGGGAGGGCCAGGGCGACGAAGGAGAGGAGCAACGGAUUUGA